AUGUAUCGAAUUCUGGUCACGUUAUCUUGUUUUAUUUUCGUUGUUGGUACGAAUGGAGUUUCGCUUAAUUUACCAACAUCAAUCAAUGAAAAUGUUAUUGAAUUAGCUCGUUUAAUGGAACAAUAUUCAUCAUUAAAACCUGCUGCAAUUCAAAAUCACCGACCCUUGGCAAUAUGUCAAUUCAUAGAUAAUUGUUGUAGAGCUGAAGAUCGAUCAAAAGCUAUAUCACUCAUGGUUUCAUCAUCACCCCGCAAACAUAAUUUUACAUUUCCUAAAGUUAUAAAUACAUGUACCGAUUCAACUGCACUGAGUAAAGCAGAUCAAUCUUGUCCAUCGUUACAGCAAUUCAGUUCCUUACCUCUAGUUCCUGACACAGAUGAUCCUGCUUUACGCCAAUUUUAUAAUUUAAGGAAGAAGUACAAUAUAGAAAGGAUUCAAAUUAGUAAGCUAAUGCGUCAUAUGCGCAUCAUUUGUAAUAAUUAUGAAUUUUAUGCUUUUGUAUGCUUAUCGGAUAAGAAAUCGUUGCAAUCAUGCGUUGGUAAAGUUAUUCAACGAAUUCAUGAUUAUGGGGGCUAUGAAGCUUAUUAUAAAUAUAUGAUAGAAAUUAAACAAAGCCUUACUAAUCUUAAUCAACAAUUGGUUCAACUUUUUGUCGAGAAUAGAAACACAGAUUAA